CUGCGCUCCCCGGCUCCGGCCGCGCGCUGGCGGGGCUCCGCAUUGCACACUCUGGGGGCGCCGCAGCGUUCUUGGGAUGGGGCAGCGGGCUGCCGCAGGCGGCCGGAAUCCGCGCGCAGCCCGGAAUGUAGCAAGUAAUCCAUUGGAAUAAAACCUGCAGUUGAACAACUCAUGCAAAGGUGCAAGGUCAGUCCCGCUGUGCCGAGUCCCCACUCCAGGGCCCUCUGCAUGAGUGACACUUCCGUCUGCCAUGGAACCUGGCCCUGCCCUGGCCUGGCUCCUGCUCCUGAGCCUGCUGGCUGACUGCCUGAAAGCUGCCCAGUCCCGAGACUUCACAGUGAAGGACAUUAUCUACCUCCACCCUUCAACCACACCAUAUCCUGGUGGAUUUAAGUGUUUCACCUGUGAAAAGGCAGCAGACAAUUAUGAGUGCAACCGAUGGGCUCCAGACAUCUACUGUCCUCGAGAGACCAGAUACUGCUAUACUCAGCACACAAUGGAAGUCACGGGGAACAGCAUCUCUGUCACCAAGCGCUGCGUCCCGCUGGAAGAGUGCUUAUCCACUGGCUGCAGAGACUCUGAGCACGAAGGCCACAAGGUCUGCACUUCCUGUUGUGAAGGAAAUAUCUGUAACUUGCCAAUCCCCCGAAAUGAAACGGAGGCCACAUUUGUCACGACGUCACCUAUAAAUCAGACAAACGGGAAUCCACACUGCGUGUCAGUGAUAGUGUGCUGCUUGUGGGUGUGGUGGGGACUCGCACUGUAGCAUCUUCAGGGCAUCAUGUACAGCAGCAACCCAUGGGAAUUGAUCACGGGCCACGGUCACGCAUGAGUCACUGGCCUGACAGUAGUCACACGUGCGAGACCACAGCUCAUGGACACCGUCAUGGCCAGGCAUCGUCAUUCACCAUUAGGAACAAGCGUUCUGUCAGCGUGGUCACUUCAAGUCUAGCCAAGACUCCAUCGAAGCCAGCCUGCCCCUACUACAGACCCCGAAUUGUAUACCACAAACCUUUGUUUUCGUACCAAGAAACAGUUAUGUACUUAAGAUCCGGGGUCCUUAAUUCAGAAUACAUUUUUAAGUUUCAGGAGGUCCAGGAACCCCGCUGAGAUGUUGGGCAUUAUGUUGCAUGGACAUGCAUAGGUGUCUGUUUCACAGAAUGUUUCACAGAAAACAAAAACAAAAACCACUGGUUUAAAUACACUCAUAAAUUCUUAUAGCUUUAGAAUGUUAAAACUUCUAUGCCAAAAUGGAUGGACUAUUUCCUUGGAGAUUCUGACCGAGUCCCUGGGAAAGUAUGAAACAAUUUGUCCAAUAUUCUCCAACAUUCUUCCAAUGUUGGGAUUCAUAUUUCCUCUGCUCUGUGAGGGAAAUAAAAAGGCAAUCACAGAAGUGUGACGUUUGGGUAGUAGGUGGCGGGAGAAGGGUUUUCUCCCAUCAUAAUGGAAUCAACAUCUACAAAGGGGCUAUGUUUAUCCCUUUAUGUCAUUAGCGAGAUUGGCCUUGACUUGGCAUCUAGUUAGACUCCCUGGGAGGCUGGAUUCCACCUGAACAAUGGGACUAGCCCUGGUCCAAAGAGUCCCAAAGCAGGGUGACAUAUUUUUUCUAGAGAAGGGUUCUCUUCAGGAAUAGCUAAUCUAGAGAGGAUUUUUUGGAAGGAAAGAGAGGAGAUGGGUGUAGACUGAUGCUAGUUUGUUCUGAGGGCUGAGUGACUCAGCCAGUUUCUUCCCCCAUCCGAAGCUCAUUCUGCUUAAGAGCCCUCCUUGUUCCACUUCCAAAUCCCCAGUGACUUUAAUGAGAAGGUCCCUCAUUGAACUGUCUCUCAGUUGAUAGGGAAAGAAGGUGUGCUAGGAUGAGAACAGGUAGACCAGCAGGGUGAUAGUGAGAAUGAUAAGGAGAUCCAGCCAGACUUUGCAGUGGGAAAUUUUUGUUUCUUUUAGAUGAAUGCUUUUGAAGUAGAUGAUGAAACUUUCACCAUCUUUCUUAUAUUUUUGGCAUCCCAAGUUACUAUUUUUUUCUCCUUCCAUGUAAAUCAUUUAUACUAUAUUUAUUUUUAUAUGGCAUAACUAGAAACUAAAAUAUAUUGUAAAGAAUCCUUUAUUCUGAACAAAACAUCAAAUUAGAAUACUUAUUUUUCAACAGUGGUUAGAGCUUGUAAUGUAUGUUUGUUGAAAGUGAUCUAUAAUACUUGCACCAGUAUUGGAAAAAGUUAACUUAUGUUGUGUGAGAGAGUAAUGGGUUUGCAUCAAGGUUUUUGCUCAUGGCUUACUCAGUGGUGCUGUCCCAGGAGUAUUCGGGUGGUGACUGACACUGGAAUGUGUUUCUGUGCAGGGUUAUGGGUUGUCUGCAGGAAACUCAGUGGAGCUAUUGCUGAUACAGAGUCCAUUGUUGUCAGGGUCCAUCUGCCCUGCACAGGAAAAUAUCCGAUUCAAAAAAUGAAAUCCCCUCAAGGACCAAAUUCGAACUGACAAUGGUAACUGAUGCAAAAUAAUCUAAUACCGAGUUUGGUAAACUUAGCAAUAUACCACUCAUAAUUGUGGGGAGGGGGAAGUAGCAGGA